AUGGGCGUUGAUGUUGAAACUAUUUCUCCGGGGAACGGCACAACAUAUCCUAAAGCUGGCCAAACAGUAGUCGUGCAUUACACGGGAACCCUGCAAAAUGGUAAAAAAUUUGAUUCUUCAAGAGACCGCGGCCAGCCUUUCAAAUUUACAUUGGGCAAAGGCGACGUUAUUAAGGGUUGGGAUCAAGGCCUGGCGAAGAUGUCUGUAGGAGAAAGAGCAAGACUGACAUGUUCACCGGACUUUGCAUAUGGCUCCAGAGGUCAUCCAGGAGUAAUCCCGCCGAAUGCCACCCUUUAUUUUGAUGUUGAGUUAUUACGGGUUGAAUAA